AUGGCGGAUACCAAUGACAGAAACCGAAAUGAGAGUAGUAGUAGUAGUAACAAUGACAACAAUAAUGACACCGGGAAUAGUAAUGACAAUGACAAUAGUGGUGGUAGUGACAGGGGAAAUGGUGGCAAUGGUGUCAUAGGUAAUGACAAUGGCAAUAUCGAUGAUAAUGGAAACGGAGAUGGCAAUGGAAAUGGGAAUGAUAUCGAAAAUAAUACUGCUAAUCGUGAUGGCGGCAGAGGUAGAAACAAUGAUAGAAAUGACACUUUCACUGGUGGACAAGACAGAAAUAUAAACAAUGAUGCUAAAGAAGACUCGUGUGUAUGUGUGAGAUCAGAUUUCUUCCCAGAAGAAUCAUUCAAGAGUUGGUCUAAUUAUGGUAAGGCCUUAAUGCAAACUAAAGCCCGUCUAAAAGAACGUCUCCUGGCCCGUUCAUCUGAUGACAUUGAAAUCAAUGGAAUGCGUGCUCGAAGCCAGAACCAGAUGAAGCGGACCCUUAAUUGGUUUGACCUGAUCUGGUUUGGUGUUGGAGCUGUUAUGGGCGCGGGAGUUUUUGUCCUCACUGGAGAAGCUGCUCAUGAUUUAGCUGGUCCGGGAGUUCUCAUAUCCUACCUGCUGUCAGGCUGUGCAGCUUUACUUUCUGUUAUAUGCUAUACUGAAUUUGCGGUUGAACUUCCUGUGGCUGGAGGCUCGUUUGCUUAUCUAAGAGUCGAGCUUGGUGACUUUGUAGCUUUUAUUGCAGCUGGAAACAUAUUGUUUGAGUAUGUUGUAGCUGGAGCUAGUGUAUCGCGUUCAUGGACUUCAUAUUUUGCAACCUUGUGCAACCACAAGCCUAAUGAAUUCCGUAUUAACAUCCCAUCUAUGGGAAAGGGUUUUGACCAUUUGGAUCCAAUAGCUGUGAUAGUGUCUGUAAGCAUUUGUGUCAUUGCAUCUUUCAGUGUCAAAGGGUCAUCCAGGUUCAAUUCUAUUGCAACAGUAAUUCAUAUUGCUGUCUUGCUUUUCAUUAUCAUAGCAGGAGCGACAAAGGCUAAUCCUGCCAACUUUGAUCCUUUUGCUCCUUUUGGUAUUCGCGGUAUCUUGAAGGCGUCAUCUGUGCUUUUCUUCGCUUAUGUUGGGUUUGAUGGCGUGGCAACAUUAGGUGAAGAAACCAAGAAGCCAGGGAGAGAUAUACCCAUUGGCUUAGUCGGGUCUAUGUUAAUUGUCAUCACCACUUAUUCACUUCUGGCCUUAAUAGUUUGCCUAAUGCAACCAUACCACCAGAUUGAUGUCGAUGCCCCCUUCACAAUUGCUUUUGAAGCUGUUGGAAUGAAUUGGGCAAAGAUUUUGGUCGGCUUAGGUGCAUUAAAGGGAAUGACUACUGUUCUGUUGUCUAUCAUCAUAGCAGAAUCUCGGUACUUCACUCACAUUGCUCGGACUCACAUGGCACCUCCUAUUCUUGCUGUGGUUCACAAAAAACUCGGGACACCAGUAAAUGCCGCCAUUAUUAUGACUGCUGCAAACUGCCUAGUAGCCUUUUUCACAAGCCUUGAGGUCUUAGCCAGCCUUCUUUCAAUUUCCACCCUCUUCAUUUUCUCACUGGUGGCUAUUGGGUUAUUAGUGAGACGAUACUAUUCAACAGGGGUGACAUCUGAUCCAGAUAGAAACAAACUGAUUUUGUUCUUGAUGUUGAUUGUCAGUUCGUCUACUGGGAUGGCGUUACUUUGGGCAUGGGGAGUAAAUUAUCGGUUGGUGUAUCUGUUAGCAGGAGGAGUUUGGUUUCUGUCCACACUGAGUAUCAAAUUGAAGGUGAAACAAGCAAGGAAUCCCACGAUAUGGGGGGCGCCAUUGGUUCCAUGGCUGCCAUCGUGUAGCAUUGCAUUGAACUUGUUCAUGAUGGGCUCGAUUGAUGGAGAAUCUUUCUUGAGAUUCAUGAUGUGGACCGCCGUGUUGCUUACAUACUACUUUCUUGUGGGAUUGCAUGCCUCUUACGAUGCAUCAAAGGAGACUAUUAAGAUGGAGGAUGACGAUGAAUUUGAAAAAGGAAACGCAGGAGAUAAAGCAUCAACAACUUCUGAAGCUGUAGAACUCAACACUAUUACAACCAGCCAGACUUGAUUCUGAUUAUUGAUAUAUUGUAAACUAAGUUCUGG